CGCUGAGGGACGCCGUGGAGGAGAAAGACAACGCAGCGAACAAAACACACAAUGGCGACGGCGGCGACAACGGCAGGCGGAACGGGCUCGGGUGGACCGACCACUGGCCCCGUCGGUGGCUUGACCGCAAUGGGACGAAAGAAAGAUGGUGGUCCGUCUGCGAAAUUUUGGGAAAGUUCAGACACGAUAUCCCAGCUGGAGACGGUGCGACUCUGGAUCGGAAAGCACUACAAGAAGUACGUCCAGAAUGACUCCCCCUCCAGUAAAUCCCUGGCAGGUCUCGUGGUCCAACUGCUGCAUUUCCAGGAAGACGCAUUUGGGCGAAGAGUCAACAAUCCUGCUCUUACAAAGCUACCUGCCAAGUGUUUCCUGGAUUUCAAGGCAGGAGGUGCUCUCUGUCACAUUUUGGGAUCUGUCUACAAGUUUAAGAGCGAGCAAGGCUGGCGAAGAUUUGACCUACAGAAUCCCUCCCGGAUGGACAGGAACGUGGAAAUGUUCUUAAAUGUUGAAAAGAACCUGGUCCAGAAUAACUGCUUGACUCGACCCACUGUUUACCUGUCGCCAGACAUCGAGCAGAAACAGGCUAGUAAGCUCAAAGACAUCAUCAAAAGACACCAGGGCUCCAUUACUGAUGACAAGUCGAAGGCCACCCAUAUCAUUUACCCAUCACUAUCCCAGCAAGAAGAAGAGGAGUGGCUGCGUCCUGUCAUGAGAAAAGACAAGCAGGUGCUUGUCCAUUGGGGUCUCUACCCAGACAGCUACGACACCUGGGUGUCAGCCAGUGAGUUAGACGGUGACCCAGAGGACCCACCCAGCACUGACAGACCUUGGAAGGUCCAUGCCAAGUGGGUUUUAGACACAGAUGCCUUCAAUGAGUGGAUGAAUGAGGAAGACUAUGAAGUGGAUGAGAACAAGAAGCCAGUCAGCUUCCGCCAGAAGAUUUUCCCCAAAGAGGAAGAGUCUUCCCGUACACCCGAUCGCAAGGAGCGCAAGGCCAACUCUGCGGGAAAGAAGAGGAGGCGCUCACCCUCUCCACCCAGCACUCCAGCCGAGUCCCGUAAGAAGGGAGGCAAGAAGGGGAACCCGGGACCUCACUGGAAACGACGGGGCCACAGAGGAGAAGAGGAGGACACUGAAGAGGACAUGACAAAAGACAUGGACGAUUCCUCAGCUGGUGCUAGCAUGGAGGAGGGCAGCAUCUCCAAGAAUGCAAAUUCAAAGAAAGACAGCGAGAAUACACCGGUCAAAGGAGGGCAUGUGGCCGACUUGGAUGACAUGGAAGAUGAAUCUGUGAUGUCUGGUGGAAAGGAUGAUGAGGAACAAGGCAAAAGUGAAAUAAACCGACUGGAUGCCAAUGAGGACAAUGUGACUGAACAGACGCAUCACAUCGUUAUCCCCAGCUAUGCUGCUUGGUUUGACUACAACAGCAUCCAUGAGAUUGAGAGACGAGCCUUGCCAGAGUUCUUCAACGGAAAGAACAAGUCCAAAACUCCAGAAAUAUACCUGGCCUAUCGCAACUUCAUGAUCGACACGUAUCGGCUGAAUCCUCAGGAGUACCUCACCUCCACCUCCUGCCGCAGGAACCUGACUGGAGAUGUUUGCGCCAUCAUGAGGGUACAUGCAUUCUUGGAGCAGUGGGGUUUGGUGAACUACCAGGUCGAUGCAGAGUCUCGUCCAUUGCCGAUGGGCCCCCCACCCACUCCUCAUUUUACUGUGCUGGCUGACACCCCCUCUGGCCUCAUGCCUCUUAACCACAGACCCCAACCGAUUCCUCCUCCACAGCCAAUGCCCAAUUUUGCAGACAAAAGCAAAGACAAGCCCAUCGACCUGCAGAACUUUAGCCUUCGUUCUGACCUCUACAACAGGAAAAGCAUCAAGGGUAAAGCAGGCAGCACUACCAGAGAUUGGACUGAGCAGGAGACUCUGCUGCUGCUCGAGGCCCUGGAGAUGUAUAAAGAUGACUGGAACAAAGUUUCAGAGCAUGUUGGUUCACGCACCCAAGAUGAGUGCAUCCUGCACUUCCUGCGAUUGCCCAUUGAAGAUCCAUACCUGGAGAGUACGGAGGCCACACUUGGGCCUCUUUCCUAUCAGCCCAUACCUUUCAGCCAGUCUGGGAACCCAGUCAUGAGCACAGUAGCCUUCCUGGCAUCUGUUGUGGAUCCCAGAGUGGCAUCUGCUGCAGCCAAGGCAGCACUAGAGGAGUUCUCUCGUGUGCGUGAAGAGGUGCCAGCUGAGUUGGUGGAGGCUCACGUGAAGAAGGUGCAGGAGGCGGCCAGAACUACUGGGAAGGUGGAUCCCGCCUUUGGUUUGGAGAGCAGUGGCAUUGCUGGAACUGCCCCCGAGGAGCCAGAAAAGACUGAAACCACAGAGCCGGAAAAGAUGGAAACAGACUCCGACUCCCAGCAGGUUGACAAGGGUGAGUUGAAGGAUGAAGCUGAGAAGCCGAGCGAGGCUGCCGAGAAGAGCGACAAGACAGAAGCAACAGAAAAGGUGAAAAAAGAGGGAGCGGAGGCAUCGGAGCGUGAAGAAGAGAAUGAAGAGGGAGGGGAGGCUAAGACCGCUCAAGCAGACAAAGACAAAGAGGAGUCUAUGGAGACAUCAUCUUCAGACCAGGAGAAGGAGAAGGAGGAGAAAACCCCUACAGAUGAGGGAGAGGACAAGGGCAAGAAGCUGGAACAUGAUAUCGGAGAAGGAAACAUUGCCACUGCGGCUGCUGCUGCCUUGGCAUCUGCUGCCACAAAAGCCAAGCAUUUGGCAGCAGUGGAGGAGCGGAAGAUCAAGUCCUUGGUGGCUCUGCUGGUCGAGACCCAGAUGAAGAAACUGGAGAUCAAGUUGAGACACUUUGAGGAACUUGAGACCAUCAUGGACCGUGAGAAAGAGGCUUUGGAGCUUCAGAGGCAGCAGCUGCUAACCGAGCGUCAGGCAUUCCACAUGGAGCAACUCAAAUACGCCGAAAUGAAGGCGAGGCAGCAGAUGGAGCAGCAAGCGGCAGCCGCGGCUGCUGCUGCUGCUGCAGCUGCCCAGGCCCAAGGACAGGGACAGGGGCCUGGGGCUGGACCACACUCUGGGCCCCCUCCACCAGGCAUGCACCCAGGAGGACCUACACCCCACCACGGAGGACCUCCUCCCCACCACGGAGCACCUCCACCACACCAUGGAGGGCCCCCACCCGGCGCUGCAAUGCACCCUGGCUACCCCCCAAUGGGUCACCACCCAAUGGCCCCUCACCACCCAGGACAGACAGGACCAAUGGGACCAGGUCAGCCAAUGCCUGGACGUAUGAUGUCUGGCCCUCCUUCUGCUGGGCCUCCUCCCGGUGGCAUGCCUCCCAUGAUGCCCCCACGCCACCCCGGAGCCCCCAACGGCAUGUAUCCUGGUCCACCACCUGCACAGCCUGAAGCGAUCCCUCCUGCUCCUGUAGGUCCUCCAGCACCUCCGAGUGGGCGAGUGGCUGACAACUAAGAGCUACACACAAACACGCGCGGACACACACACACACACAGAAAAGCACACAAGCUUGAAGCUAACUCUCUGAACAUCAACCCCUUUUUGAUGGCCUUUGCUACUGGCUCGGUAUUUUUCACUCAGCACUCACAUCUACUAUAAACUUCAUCACAGGAUGCACGCACACACACACACACACAGACACACACAGGGUUCAAAAGCAGAGGUAACCUGACAUUUCACACAUGCACCCAUACAUGCAGACUUCCACUCAGGGCACAGCGGCAAGGGUCGUCUACUUAUAAACACUGUUUUCUGCUCUGUUGGGCCAAACCAAGGAUGUAGAGAAUGACCCUGUGUACAGAAAACAAAACAAGGAGACAGAACAAAUAAUGAUUUAAAAAAACUGUCUCAUCUCUUUUUCUUUAUCCUCCUUUCUUUUUCCAGUGCUGUUUUAAUUGCACUGAAACCCCCUUCCAGUCUCACAAAACACACGCCCUGCUUUUUGUCUGGUUCCUCUUUCUCCAAGACAAACACUAGGGGGAGCUAGCGAGACUAGAGAGCUGGUGUGACCUGUAGGGGUGGGUGGUGUGUGUGUGUGUGUGUGUGUGUGUGUAUUGAAGCAAGCAAGAUUUUUCAGACAUUAACAUGAAUAAAACACACAUGGGGGACCCAGCCUGCCCUCACUCUUGUCUUGUCGAGUAUCUACCUCUCGCUCCUCUUGAAAUGAUACACUGUAGUUUUGUGUGUGUGAGUGUGUGUCUGUGAAUGUGUGUGUCAGACAGAGGGC